AUGCUUCAAGCAUCUGAUGUCCAUUCUCUUGCUUUGUCCAAAAUAAUUAAACCGGACAAAAAGCCGGUGACACCAUUAGAAGAAGAAAUAGCGCAGGCUAUCAUAGAUCUGCAAAUUCACGAUGAUUGGUCCGACACGAUGAAACUCUUGUACUUUUGUGAAGCAAAGGUUGGUUCUCUAUGUUAG